AUGGGCUCAAUAUGCUUUAGACCUGCGGUCGAUAGCGCGGGACAAAUUACCGCAACCAGGCCCAGAGCCGACACCGUCUGGCUCUACACGCGCUCUUACAGGCUCACUUCUUCGGCCUGGGUCUUGGCACCACACCAGAUACGGCUGUUGCGAGCGAUGCGAUGCUUGAAUGCUUCGAUACGGCUGACGCUGGCCACAUGCCAGGCACCUCAGCUCUAUCUUCUCGGCCUUGCCUUGCACGGCGUUGCGUUGCCCUUCACUGUGCCGCAGGACGUCGUCCUCUUGGGAGGCCAGAGUGUGGGCAACAAGAUUGCUGUGGCACCGGUCGAAUCCACCGGGGACCCCGAGUCAGACCAAAGAGGCCGCGAGAGAUAA